GCUGCGGCAGUUUCCAUGGUGAGAUGGUCAACAGGCCCGAAAGUUCCUCAGCUACGACGACCACCAGGUACCUCGGGUUCCUCCCUCCUCCGAGAGACCGCCGAGGUGCGGGCUGUAAGAGCGGGAGCGUGGAGCCUCCGAGGCCGAGGGCCAGUUCCUAAUUUCUGAAAACAGAGCAGCACUUGUGAGGUAGAGGAAGCAUGGCCCACCUGAAUGGAAACCUCUCACCAGAGUUUUCACAGCAGCAGAGGACGAGGCUGAGAAAGAACACGACCCAGAUUUGCACGGAGAGAUGCAAUAUGUAAUGCUUGUCCUUCACAAGCCAUCCCAGCUGACUCAACGGGAGUUGUGCUCCAGCUGUCAGAGAGAUCCUGAGCUCCCCGUGCUAUGCCCGUUACCACAGUGGCCUUGAGAGAUGUGGGUGCUUCCACCAUGCUUACUCAGAAACUAGAGGAGGAAACAGCUUCCUGGAUUACCAAUUUCUGCCUGACAUGAAAGAUGAAAACCACUGAACUCCAGAGGGAAUGAAACGUACUGUUCUAGGGAUCAGUGUCCUUCAGUGAUGUGGCUUUGGGCUUCACCCAGGAAGAGUGGCAGCAUCUGGACCCUGCACAGAGAUGUGAUGCUGGAGAACUACAACCUCCUCCUCUGUACAGAGACGUGAUGCUGGAGAACUACAGCCUCCUCCUCUCAGUGGGGUAUUGUAUUACCAAACCAGUGGUGAUUUGCAAGUUGGAGCAUGGAGAGGUGCUGUGGAUAUUAGAGGAAGAGUCCCCAAGUCAGAGCCACCUAGACUGCUGCAUAGAUUAUAACCUGUUGGAGAAGAGACAGGAAAAUCAAGACCAGCAUUUGCAGACAGUUGAUUUUUUCAGCAACAAAACACUGACUAUGGACAGAAAUGGUGUAUUAGGAAAAACAUUUUAUUGUGACACAAACCCCAUUCUAUUAAGAAAAAUACGUGGCAACUGUGACUCAUAUGGAGUGAAUUUGAAUUAUAUUUUGGAAUUAAUUAUUAGUAAUAGAAGCUCCUUUAUAAGCAACCCUUCUGAAUGUAAUGCACAUGGGAAAGUUUUCCUUUGUAUGAAGCGUGAAAAUCCUUAUGCCAGAGGGAAACCUUUGGAAUAUGAUGGAAAUGGGAAAGCCGUCUUUCAGAAUGAGGACCUAUUUAGGCAUCAAACUCUGAAGCAGUGUUUUGAAUACAAUCAGUGUGGGAAGGCUUUUCAUGAAGAGGCAGCCUGCAUUACCCAUAAGAGAGUGUGCUCAUGGGAGACCCUGUGAAUAUAAUGGACAUGUGAGAGCCUUUCCGAUAGACCAAUAUUCAUUGUUCAUCAGAUAACUCACAUAAGGGAGAGUUCCUAUGAAUUCAAUGAAUGUGAGAGGAGGUCUGGUGAGAAGCCACCUGUAAGUAAACACCACAGAGUUAAUGGAGAUGGAACACUAUGAGUGUAAUGCGAGAGAAUAGUUUUGGCAAGAAAUCACUCCUCAUUCUACGAAGUUACAGAGGAGAGAAAACUUUUGACUGUAAUAGAGAUUUGAAAGUAUUCUGCAAGAAGCCAAAUUUCACUCAGCAUCAAGAAACACGUAUAGGAAAGAAUGCCUAUAAAAUUAAUCAGCAUGCUAGUACAUUUUGCCGUAAGCCAAAACUUUCUGUGUAUCAGAAAACAGAGAGGAGAAAAACUCUAUGAAUGUAGUGAAUGUGGGAAAACCUUCUACCAGAAGUCAUCCCUCACAGCAUAUCAGAGAACACACACAGGGGAGCAACCCUAUGAAUAUAAUGAAACCUUUUACCAGAAUCCUGACUUUGCUAAACAUCAGAGAGACAACAUAGAGGAAACCCUUGUCAACAUCCUGAAGGCUCAGAAACCUUCACCUUCUUGGACUCAUUCCAUAGCAGAAACAACCCAGGUUGGGGUGAGAACACCCAAUAAAGAUGAGAAAUCUUUUGCC